AUGGUCGCCAUGGUUGAUUUGUCGACGUCGUCGUUAAGCUUGUCGAUCCGUUGCAGCAUUUAUUUAACGUAUUUGCAGACUAUUUGCGGUGAUUGCGGUUUUUUGGUAUUUGUUUGGCAGUUGUUCAAGAAGAGGAGGAGGGUAAGGAAUCGAGGGCGGUGUUAGGAGAUGGCGGUGGUGGCAUGCGGCUCUUGCCAUUGCUCGCCGCUGUCGUUGAAGUCGGCUGCCUCGUCGUCCGCAUCCACAUCUUUGAGUAUUUCGGAGCUUGGAGUAAGGAGUGUUAGAAGAGGUGGAAGCAAUUGCCGCAUUUACUCACCCGCAUUUGAGCUUCGGGCACCGCAAGCAUCGGGAUCAUCUCAUGGAUAUGGAAAAGAUGAGCGAAGUUGCAGUGCAAGGCGAAUUGCACUCUUUGGAAUACAGACCCAAAUUCGUCAUAAGCUCGGUCCUACUCAUGCCCUAGGUUCCCUUCCCGACCUGGACAUGUUUGACGACCCAAGAUCAUUUGGUGAAGAUUGUAGGAACACUUCAUUGGGAGCCGCAACGACUGCAGAUCCAGCAAAUCCCUUCCGGUGGCGGAGAGUUCUUUUGAAAGUUAGCGGGGAAGCUCUUAGAGGGGAUGGAUUACAGAACAUUGAUCCUCAGGUCACAAUGUCGAUUGCACGAGAAGUAGCAGCAAUAACUCGACUUGGCUUGGAGGUGGCUAUUGUUGUAGGAGGUGGCAAUUUUUUCCGGGGAGCACAUUGGGCUGGUGCAAGUGGACUCGAUCGGGCAGCAGCCGAUCAGAUCGGAAUGAUGGCUACUGUUAUGAAUGCCAUAUUUCUUCAGGCUUCCAUGGAAAGUGUGGGUGUGCCAACUCGUGUUCAAACAGCGUUUAGAAUAGCUGAGGUUGCAGAGCCCUACAUCCGCAGGCGGGCUAUUCGUCACUUGGAAAAGGGUAGGGUUGUCAUUUUUGGUGCUGGUACAGGCAACCCCUUCUUCACCACAGACACAGCAGCUGCCCUUCGUGCUGCCGAAAUUGGUGCGGAGGUGGUGUUGAAGGCUACAAAUGUGGACGGUGUGUAUGAUAGCGACCCUAAGAAGAACAAAAAAGCUGUUUUACUCGAGCAUGUCUCCUACAGAGAGGUUGCUAUAAAGGGCCUAUCUGUCAUGGACAUCACUGCCAUCACACUUUGUCAAGAAAAUCGCAUUCCUGUGGUUGUGUUCAAUUUGAGCAAGGCAGGCAACAUCUCCAAGGCACUAAGUGGUGCUAGAAUUGGGACAUUGAUUGAUGGUUAUGGUUCAGGAAAUCAAAUGUUGUAGAUCAUUUUCUGUAUAUAUGGAAUAUUACCAGGAUUGGCUAAACAUAUCUUGGAUCUCUUUUAGAAAUUUAUGAAAAUUCAUUUGUGCCCACGACAUCAGGGUAUCCUAGCAUAUUUCGACAGAAAGUAAUAUAACUUAAAGAGUUUUGCCUAAAAUUGUGCUUUUAGCUCCAAAAUAUUUGUUGUUUCUCAGAUUUUACCGAAGUAAUAUAUCUAUCAAAUACUUUCAUUGGCAAACGUCA